AUGGGCGGGUCUGUGGCAGGGAAAGGUUUGAGUUUGGAGGGGAUUCGAGAGGGGGGGGAGAAGGAUGGGGCGGGAGCGAGUGAGAAGAAGAAGGGGAGGGAUAAGAAGGAGCUGGAGGAGAAGAGGAAACUGAAGGCAGAGGAGAGGGUGGCAAUGAGGGAGAGGGAGAAGAGGGAGCUGCUGGAGAAGAGGAGGAUGAGGAUGGAGCAGAAGGAGGAGGAGAGGAGGAAGAAGCUAGCACUGGAGGAGCAAAGGAGGACGAGGAGACAAGCGGUUUAUAUUCAGAACCUCAAGUUCAGCCAGGUGGAGUUGCUGAUCACUUACGAGGGCUAUCCUGUCUCAGUCACGGAUCUCCGUCUCCUCAUGGACACGUUCGCCCGCACCGAGUACACGGGGCCGUGGCGCCGGCUCUUCUCGCGGCUAAGGAAGCACGUCAUCUGGGGCGUGCUCAAGUCUGUCACAGGCAUGCAGGGCCGCAAAUUCAAGGAUGCACAUUUGCAAGCAGGCAGCAGCAGCAUCACCACAAGCACCCCAUCCAAGUCGCAAGCAGCAGCGGCCGCAGCAGCAGCAGCAGAGAUGGCAGAGAGUGACAGUGAUGACGAAAGCGCACCAGCAGGGGGGGUAUCAGGGUCUGGGGUGGAUGGGAAGGCUGGCAGGAAAAUGCCCGCAGGAGCAGGGGCAGGAGGAGGGGCAGGCGGGGGAGGAGGAGGGGGAGGAGGGGAUGGGUUGGGCGACGGGAGUUAUGGUGUGAGCGUGGGGGCAGGAGGGGGAAGGGUGGGUGUGUCAGAGGCAGGUUCUGCUGUUCCUAGUGCUGCGGCCACUGCUGCGAGUGGUAGCAACAGCAGCGCACACAUGGGCAAUGCGGGCAUCACCAGUAGCAGUUCAGGGGAAGGCUCGUUUGCACCAGGAACAGGCUCUGCUGCUGCUGGUACUGCUGCCGUCCUUGCCACUGCUGCUACUGCUGCUGGUGCUGCUCCUGGUGGCAGUACCACCGGCGUGAGUGGCGGCAGUAGCAGCAGCGGCAGCAGUGGCAGUGGCAGUGGUAGCACGGCAGCUGGUUCUGGUGCUGGUUCCCUGCCGGUGGGAGGAGGCGGGGCGUCCAUGCUGCUGGCUCGGCUGGGGAACAAGGGGGAGCGCAUGGGAGAUGGGUUUGUGUCGUCGGUUAAAGGGCUGUUUAAGGACCAGCUGGGCCGAGCCAAGCAUGUGCUUAAGAGCAAAGAGCAGCAGCAGCAGCAACAACAACAGGCACAUCACCACCACCACCACCGGCAUCAUCAGCAGCACCAGCAGCAAAAGCAGCAGAAGCAGCAGGUGGAGGAGGAGAAAGGAGGAGGUGCGGGGAGGAGUGGAGAGGAGGGUGAUCUUGGUGGUGAGAGUGGAUUGGUGAAGGGAGAGGGGAGUGGGGGGUCUCCUGUGGUGCCUACAAGGAGUGGAGAGGUGGAGAAGGAGAAGGAGAAAGGGAUGAGCUCACUGGUUGCGAAGGGACAAGCUUUGGUGCCUAAGCUGUGGACUCCAAAACAGAGUGCAGCUCCAGGUCGCGUUGAUGAAGCCAUCCCGGAGGUCCCUGAAAAUGGAGCUGCAUCAGAGUCCACUAGUGGAGCAAUUGGUACUGCUAUGGAGAAGGGCACAACUUGA